AUGGAGAUUGGUAUCGAUACAGGUGGACCGCGGAGGGAAUUUUUUCAGUUGCUGGCAGAUAAAAUUACUUCUACGACCGUCGGUUUUUUUGAAGGAGAUAUGCCAAACCUACUCCCGACAAUGAAAGGCCCAGCACUGCGGCUUGGUCAUUUUCGCAUACUAGGCACCAUUAUUGCUCAUUCGAUCGUUAAUGGAGGCAUAGGUACUUUAUACAUUUAGUCAAGUAAAACUUUGAUAUUUUAGGAUUUAAUCACGAAUUUCAUUAGAAUGUCCAAAAACGAAAAUUUAUUUGCUCAUUCUGUCUGUUUCUUUGUUUUGGUAAAUUGAAAAAUGGAUUUGAUAAGGAAAUUGUCAUCCCCCACCCCGUCAUCCUAUCCUGCUAUUUGCGGGAUCCCCUGAGAUAGAUAGCAACAUGAUUGUGUCAUGCUUCGCUGACGUUGGUCUUCAUUAUUGGUCAGCUUUUCCAAUGAAUUCGUCAAUUAAUAACGAAUCCAAACGUUUGCACUUUGUAGGGUUCCCUUAUUUGGCUCGGCCAGUGUUCGAAUACAUUGUCACACAAAACGCAGAGGCCUGCUUGAUUCAUUGUACACCAGAGAUUGUUCCAAAUAAAGACGCAAGGGAGAUCAUUAAAGAGGUUUGCAUUGCCGGUAUUAUGUAAACUGAAAGGCAUUAAGCCAGUUUUCCACUUCAAUCGUACCGAAACGUAGCGUAUUUCCCCUGUUUACCCCGUUCCUCGAACCCCCAUUCCCCGUAAUUCCCCCAAUUCCUCGUUCCCGGUACUGUCUAACUAGUGAUACGACUUUUACAUGUAUACCUGCCCAUUAAUAAGUAUUUCCGUCUUUAAGAUUUCUUCUAGUACUGUGGAAAGUUUUGGAGAAGUGGCUAAUCGACCAGAUGUCUUGGAUUACAUUUGCAAUGCAGGUUUGUUAAUUAUGACUGUAAUUUUAAGUUGCUGCUCUCAUACAACUAUGUAUAAAAUAUUAAAUUAUUUGGAGUUGUGCCUCUUAAGACUUAACUAGACUUCAAAUCCGUCUCUCAAGGGGUUGAAAAUAGCAAUGCACACGAGCCUGUAACCGAGCGGUAAACAAAGGCGCGAGAAAAGUAGGGACAGAUUUGCCAAAAUGUACCGUCGGAUUUUUCCUUUCAGACAACAAAUAUUCGCGCCAAUUUUUGCAAGUAACAUUUGAAAUGCUGCAAAAGCCUUAAGAGUCAAGUGCAUCUCUCGAGACGGACUUGAAUCUAGUCUAGAUGUGAAGAUAACUUUAUAUUACACUCGAUAUUACAUUUGUAUUUUUAGGAAUUAAAAAUAGAAUAUAAAUUAUAUCAUUAUUGUAGGGUGGACUGGAAUCAUACAAUUUAGCGAAAAGGAACACCUUGUGGCGACAUUGCUGUUACAUGAAGUGAUUUGGAAAAGAGAAUCGGCAAUUAACCAACUUCUACAAGGUUUGAAGUUGCUUCAUGUGCUGGAGACAGUGCAGAAAUUUCCUGAUCGCUUUCAAUCAAAAUUCGUGUACAACGUUGCUUUGACAAGCAGUGUUUUGAAAGAAAAUCUGAUUUUCAUGGAAACAUCCGAAGUUGUUCAUGAACGAACGAAAGAAUUCUUUCUCAGAUACAUCGAUGCGAAUGUUACAAUUGCAUGUGGUGAAGGUAGGGAUGUCAAAUCAGAACUAAAGUUUAUGUAAAUUAACAUGAAAUUUGAUCACAUAAAACCACCAACACGAUUGUUAUUUUCUUGAUGAAUUGUUGACAUUUGAAAGUUAUGUUUUAAAUCUACUACAUAAAUGAGUACAUAUGGUCUUGCAUGGUGCAAUGACAAAUACGAAGAAUGCACAAGAAAAGCACUCCCAUCCUAUAUCUCUAUUUUCAUAUAUGGCGAUAUACCAUGUGAGUACUAGAAAUUGUUACAAUUGCCUUAGAGAACUACCUGCUGAAUGCCAGUAAGGUAGUUACUGUUUAGAAUAUUACAGUAUAAAAUAAGAAAUGCUAGCCUGCGUAGCCGGCGGUUUGAAGGGUUGGGGUUUUGAGGCGCGGGCAGCGAAAAUUAGGGAGGCGAGGCUUGCUAAACACAGUUUUUGAAAACAAGUAUGUAAGCCUCUUGUUUCUUAUUUACACAGAUAGUCAAUUUAAAAGAUGUGCCGCUGUACUGCAGUUUAUUACUGGACAACAGUUUGUUGGAGGCCUUCAAAAAAAGAUUGAAGUUGGAUAUAUAGACGAUCCAAAGGCAUAUUACCCUUGUGCCGGUACGUGUGGCUUAAAGUUUUUCCUCCCAACAAAGCAAGAAACAUUUGAUGAGUUUUCAAGAGACAUGGAUAAAGCCUUGGAAUGUGAAGCUUUCGGGUUCGAUUGUUUCUAA